AUCGCUGCGCUGAAGACAAAGUCCCAGGAGGUUCUCCUGAUGGCCCGCCUUGACUUCAGCCGGCAGGAAGAGGCGAGAGGAGCGCACUGAAGCGACGUCCAUGGAGACGCGGCGAGCCCACAGAAGUUGAACUCGAACACGGCAGACUUUCCCCCCCGUCUUCUCCCGGUCCUAAUCUGCUGCGGCGAGGCGCUCCAGCAUGCAGGUGUCCAUCGCCUGCACGGACCACAACCUGAAGAGGAGCAAUGGGGACCACGGCAAGCAGAGCGCCACCAGCCCCAGCGUGGUCAACCAGGCCAGGGCCAAGUUCCGCACCGUGGCCAUCAUCGCUCGCAGCUUUGGAUCCUUCACUCCCCGACACAUCUCACUCAAGGAGUCCACGGGGAAACACACCGGAAUGAAGUACAGGAACCUGGGCAAGUCUGGACUAAGAGUGUCGUGUCUCGGACUUGGUACGUGGGUUACAUUCGGAGGUCAGAUAACUGAUGAGGUGGCAGAGCAGCUGAUGACCAUCGCCUACGAGGGCGGAGUCAACCUGUUCGACACAGCGGAGGUGUACUCAGGUGGCAGGGCUGAAGUGAUUCUAGGAACAAUAAUCAAGAAGAAAAGCUGGAGGAGAUCCAGCUUGGUCAUCACAACCAAACUCUAUUGGGGAGGAAAAGCGGAGACGGAGAGAGGUCUGUCGAGGAAGCACAUUAUUGAAGGUCUUAAAGGGUCCCUGCAGAGGAUGCAGUUGGAGUACGUGGACGUGGUUUUUGCCAACCGACCUGACAGCAACACCCCCAUGGAGGAGAUCGUGAGGGCCAUGACCUACGUGAUCAACCAAGGUAUGGCCAUGUACUGGGGAACAUCUCGAUGGACAGCCAUGGAAAUUAUGGAGGCGUACUCUGUGGCCAGACAGUUUAAUUUGAUCCCUCCAGUGUGUGAGCAGGCCGAGUAUCAUCUCUUCCAGAGGGAGAAGGUUGAGAUUCAACUGCCCGAACUUUACCACAAAAUAGGAGUCGGAGCGAUGACUUGGUCUCCGCUAGCGUGCGGCAUCAUCACAGGGAAGUACGAGAACGGCAUUCCGGAAUCUUCCAGGGCCUCCAUGAAGUCGUAUCAGUGGCUGAAGGAGAAAAUAGUGAGUGAAGAUGGAAGAAAACAACAAGCCAAACUGAAGGAACUGAAACACAUUGCAGACAAACUCACCUGUACUUUACCUCAACUUGCUGUGGCUUGGUGUCUGAGGAAUGAAGGUGUGAGUUCUGUCUUGUUAGGAACUUCCAACCCUGAGCAGCUCACAGAGAACCUGGGGGCCAUACAGGUUCUUCCCAAGAUGACGUCACACGUGGUCUCGGAAGUGGACCACAUUCUUGGCAACCGGCCCUACUGCAAGAAGGAUUACCGCUCCUGAGCCUCAAGACCGGAGCAAACAAUGGCGUGGACCUCGUGGGUCUGGAGGAGAACCCCCUCUACUUUAGCCUGCUGGUCUUCCAGCAACACACCAGGAACCUGGCAAGCGAAAGUGCCUUGCUCGAGGGCAACGUGCCAGAGCGACAGUCUCGGUCCACUUGUUUGCGUUGACAUGAGUAGGAAGUUCGUUAACAUGCGGGGAUGACGCAAUAGUAUCAUUGUGAGCGUUGUCAUGGCAACACAACUUCUAUAUUUCAGAUAAGAAACAAUAAGAUGCAUGUUGAAGCUUCCUGUUUGAGCACAUGUCGCCCUCUUGUGGUGAACCGAGGAACUGCUGCAAAAUACAAAGAACUGCUUUUUAUUUAACGCCUCGCAACACAACCUGCAUCGCUAAAUUAAAUCAAAUAUUCUCAUACUGACUGUAAAAAAAUAGUUUUAGUCUCUAUGUAUAUAUGUUUACUUUUUUUAACAUGAAUAAGAUGUAAAUAUUUAUGGUGAGUUGCAUUAUUUACUGCUGUUUUACAUCAAAUGUAAUAUAAAAUAGCAACGUGUUGUCUUUUAGUUCCACGUGUAGAGAUUUGCCAUGAAUUUAUUUUUAUUCACGCGGAAAACUAUGGUGUCUGUAUUACUAAGCUUUUAUUUUGACACGGAAUUUGUACGUUCAAAUUAUGCUGACAAUUUAAUUUCUAAAAAUGUGAAAAAUUCCGUUUGUUUAAAUGCAGUGUUUUAAAAUUGAGUGUGUAAAAACUUUCGUGCGGAAAAGAAUGUUUUAAAACCUCAAAGCAAAGAAAAGGGCAGUCACUUCCGGUAAAUUAUCGAUCGUGUCUGGAGAAACUGCUUUUUUUGCGAGAGCCGUGUCACGUGACUGCAAGCUUGACACCUCAUUGGCUGCUUCCGCGACGGUCGCGUCAAUCUUAAAAUGCCGGAAGUGGGUAUUUAUUUGAAUUUUAUUUUGAAACACAAACUGAAAUUGAAAAACAGCAAUAACUACUUUUACAAAAAACUAUUUUUUUAUUCUGUUUCUAAUUCCAAAAGGGGAAAUUAUCAGCCUGCAGAAUCGGGAAAAACAUAAAUGCGGAACCGGAAGUUGUUGUUUAAAGCCCGCGGACUGGAUUUUAUGAAUUUUUUGGUCCCGAGUUUUAAAGCAACGAAUCUUUCUGCUCAGAUUUUUUUCAUUUUUAGUCUGAAUUAUAAUAAGAACAGUUUGAACAAACGUAGCUAUCAAAUGUUUAUUCAAUUAAAUUGUCAGCAUAAUCUGGUGUAAAAAAAAA